GCGUUGCGGCAGACGCUGCUGUGGUUGAAAAGUUUCUGUCGCCAGUAUAAUACUUUACAUUUUGUCAGGGAUAUCGUGCGAUAAUGUUGCAUCUCGCGGAAGACGGACUGGCUUGGAAAUUUUACUGAUGUCAUUGAAAAGGAGCAGAGUGGCCAUGGCCGUUACAGUCGCAGAGCACCGCCGAGCUGCCCUGCCCGGGGUCUGGGGUCAGUCUGUAUCGAAGCAGAAAGGCUUCGUACGAGCCUAACGGCGGCUGUAGUACUAAAUCAACAGGGGAGACUGUUUAACGCGAUGCUCCCUCUUUAACAGCAGGAUACUAAUUCUCAUAUCGGAUCGGAUUUAUCGGUCACCUCCAACAUGUCUGAUCAAAACUACUACUGGACCGUGCUGCCGAGCUACAAAACUAGUUUUGUGACCGGGGCCAUGAUGAAAAGAUCGAAAAGUUCCCGUAACAACAAGAGAAGGAGUUUGGCGGUUGGGACCCCAUCGCCCACGCUGUCACGACCGCUUUCGCCUCUGCCACUUGCCACAGCUGGCAGCAGUCCUUCAGAAAGCCCCAGAAAUGUCUCUGCCAGCUCUUCUGCUAACUUCCAGUUUGCCCGCAGCAGAGCAGAUGGGCGAAGGUGGUCGGUGGCGUCUGUUCCCUCCUCUGGAUACUGCACCAAUGCACCCAGUUCGUCAGUAUCUUCCUCUUCUUCCCAGGAGUUGUUGCACCAGUUGCCCUUUCAGCCCACGCAAGAAGAUCUCCACUUCCUCUUCAAACAUUUCCCUAGUCCUGAAAGUGUGGCAGAUGAAGAAGGAACCCACCCCACACCCCCUGUCAGGGUCCGUUCACGCAGUCUCAGCCCUGGACGGACCUGUGGGGUAUUUGACAAUGAGAUUGUCAUGAUGAAUCACGUCUACAAAGAGCGCUUUCCUAAGGCGACAGCCCAGAUGGAGGGUCAGCUGCUCGACAUCAUUGCAGAGUGUUCCCCGGACACCGCUCUGCCCCUGGCUGAUGGUGUGCUUGGAUUCAUUCAGCACCAGCUGGUGGAGCUCGCAAGAGACUGCCUGGACAAGUCCCAGAAUGGCCUGGUGACCUCCAGGUACUUUAUGGAGCUGCAGGAGAAACUGGAGAAGCUUUUGCACGAGGCAUAUGAGCGCUCAGAGAGCGAGGAGGUGACCAUCAUCACCAAAUUGGUCAAGAAGAUUCUUAUCAUCAUCUCCAGGCCUGCCAGGCUGUUGGAGUGUCUGGAGUUUGAUCCAGAGGAGUUUUACCAACGUUUGGAGGCUGCAGAGGGUCAAGCCAAAGUAGGACAGGGCAUCAAAACUGAUAUUCCCAGAUACAUAAUCAGCCAGCUCGGCCUUACCAGAGAUCCCCUGGAAGAGAUGGUCCAUUUGGAGCAUACUAGUCCGAUUCACAGAUCCGCGAGCAGAGAGUCUGAUGACACGGGAGAGGCAACAUCUGUACAGAGCCGAGCAGCCUGCACCCCUCCUCGUAGGAAACCACUGGAGAGCGACUUUGAGACCAUAAAGCUCAUUAGCAAUGGCGCCUAUGGGGCCGUAUUUCUGGUGCGCCACAAAGAGACUCGUCAGCGUUUUGCCAUGAAGAAGAUCAACAGGCAGAACCUGAUUCUUAGAAAUCAAAUCCAGCAGGUGUUCGUUGAGCGAGACAUCCUCACCUUUGCUGAAAACCCAUUCGUGGUUUCCAUGUUCUGCUCUUUUGAGACACGGAGGCACCUGUGCCUCGUCAUGGAAUACGUGGAAGGUGGAGAUUGUGCCAAUCUGUUGAAAAACAUCGGUCCUCUGCCUGUAGACAUGGCCAGGAUGUAUUUUGCAGAGACCGUCCUGGCUUUAGAGUACCUUCACAACUACGGCAUUGUACACAGAGACCUCAAACCUGACAAUUUGCUAAUCACCUCCAUGGGACAUAUUAAACUGACAGACUUUGGACUUUCAAAGAUUGGCCUUAUGAACAUGACAACCAACUUGUAUGAAGGACAUAUUGAAAAGGAUACUAGAGAAUUCAUUGACAAGCAGGUGUGUGGUACCCCAGAGUAUAUUGCUCCAGAGGUGAUCCUCAGGCAGGGCUAUGGGAAGCCUGUGGACUGGUGGGCCAUGGGGAUCAUCCUUUAUGAGUUCCUAGUGGGCUGUGUGCCUUUCUUUGGAGACACACCAGAGCAGCUCUUUGGUCAAGUGGUUAACGAUGAGAUUAUCUGGCCAGACGGAGAGGAUGCUCUGCCAGCUGAUGCUCAGGAUCUUAUCACCAGACUGUUGAGGCAGAACCCUCUGGAGCGCCUGGGAACAGGUGGGACCACUGAGGUGAAGAUGCACAAUUUCUUCCUUGGCCUGGACUGGAACGGCCUCCUGAGGCAGAAAGCUGAAUUCAUCCCGCAACUAGAGUGUGAGGAGGACACCAGCUACUUUGACACUCGAUCAGAGCGCUACUGUCAUCUGGGCUCAGAUGAAGAUGAUGAAACCAACGAUGAUGAAUCGUCUCUGGAGCUCCGACAGUUCUCUUCUGUAGCCCACCGCUUCAGCAAGGUGUACAGCAGCACAGAGCACCUGUCCACCUCCACCCCAUCCAACCUGAGCCUGUCGUCAUCAGAGCGAAGCCACAGCGAGGAGAAGGAGGAGCGAUGGGAGGGCAGGGGAGUCCUGUCCCCUGGCGACGGACACAAACAUUUGGCGAGUGGAGACAAGAGGGCAGAUGGACAGAGGGGGAGCCUCCGUCCACGUGCAUCAUCCAGUUCCUCCCAGUCGGAGCGCAGCACCAGCCCGCUGGUAAUGAACAGCACCCAGAGCUUUGACAUCAUGCCUCGAGUUGCCAUCCCUGCUGAUGAGGAGGAUGGGAUGGUUUCCAACCUCCGCCGCAUCCGUCUCCGGAGCAACAGCACGGGCACAAGGCCGUCCUUCCGGAGAGGGGCAUCGCGACGCAUCGCACAUCAGUUGGAGACCCCAGAGAAACCCAGGUCUCCUUCUGGAAAAGUCCCCAAGUCUGCCUCAGUCUCCGGCCUUUCACUCAUCAUUACACCAGACGACUCUGCAGGUCCUCCUACAAGUCCCAAAUCUUCUUUGUCCCUGUCGUCCAACCCUUCAUCCAGAGACUCGUCCCCCAGCCGCGAUCUGUCUGUCAGCAUCAGUUGCCUCAGGCCUCCGGUGGUUAUCCACAGCUCUGGAAAAAGAUUUGGGUUCGCACUGCGAGCCAUCAGAGUCUACAUGGGAGACAGUGAUGUCUACACUGUUCAUCACAUGGUCUGGUGUGUUGAAGAGGGCAGUCCGGCACACGAGGCAGGAUUGAGGGCAGGUGACCUCAUCACUCACGUCAACGGUGAAUCAGUCCAGGGUCUCGUACACACUGAGGUGGUGGAGCUUUUGCUGAAGAGUGGCAACAGGGUGACCUUGCAAACCACUGCUCUGGAGAACACAUCUAUCAAAGUUGGACCUGCCAGAAAAGCGAGCUACAAGGCCAAGAUGGCACGGCGCAGCAAAAAGAGCAAGAGGAAGGAUGGACAGGAUAGCAGACGGCGUAGCAUCUUAAAGAAGCUGUCUAAGCAUACACCACCUCCACCCAUGCAGAGCAGUCGCAGCUUCUCUUCAGGGUUCCACCAGUCAUCCAGUGACAGCCUCUCUGGCUCACCAACACAAAGUCUCUCUCCUGGGCCUUCUACACCUUGUCGCUCCCCUGCUCCUGACCACUCUGGAGAUUCAAGUUCUUCUCCUUGCUCCAGCUCUCCAAACUCACCUGUACCCCAGGCUCGUCCCAGUUCCCUUCACGUCUUGGGCCGCUACACAAAAGCUGGUCGUUGCAAGUCCACCAGCAGUAUCCCUCCUUCGCCUCUGGCCUGUAUCCCACCACCCCAGCCUCUUUCUCCUCAGUGCUCUCCAUCCUGCCUCCCAAGUCACCCCAAGUCCCUGCAGGGUUUUCACGGCAAGACUUUGUCCCCACCUACAAUCACCCGUCAUUCGGUGCGUCCUCGCAGCGCAGAACCGCCACGCUCACCGCUGCUCAAGAGAGUUCAAUCAGCAGAGAAGCUGACUGGAGACAAGACGACUGGGGGUUACCAUGGAGAUAGGAAGGCUUACAGCACCCGCCGCCACACAAUGGAGGUGCCCUUGUCUGAGGGGGAGGACCUAGAGGGAGACAGUGCCACGGGGUUUGUCUGCGUAGGCGAGCACGGCCGCCAGGGGCUGCACAUCGGAGGGCAGAGAGGCCACCAGGACACAGCCAGCGGAGGCAGCGAUCACCACCGCUCCGCUGCCUUGCCACAACACCGCAGCAGCAACAACCAUUCAAAAGAAAUGGUGGUGAUGAGGAAGCUGGCUCUGUCAGAGCGCAGAGACUCCUUCAAGAAACAGGAGGCAGUGCAGGAAGUGAACUUUGAUGACUUGGAGGAGGCGGCUCUCAGCCCCACACUUCCUGUCACGCAGCCAAAGGCAUUCAAGGCGUCCUGGAUCAACUCGUCCCAGUCAGAACCCAGUGUAAAGCUGGGCUCACAGGGUACCACACCACAGAAAACCAAGUCAAAAGACAAAUAAGGGUGUUAGUUAUUGUUUUAUUGCAGGGAUCACAGGUCAGUGAAGUGAAGGCUUUGACCUGCCAUCAUACUUACAUUUGAAGGCCUUGCAUGUGUCCAGAAAACUGUGACCAAGUCCCACAUCAUUACAAAUACAAAUGAAAGUCAGCAUUUCUCAGUACUACAUGCAUCCUCCAACACUGUUAACAGAUUAGCGACUGCCAAACAAUGUUUACUUCUGAGUUGCUUGAUUUCUUUCUUGGUUCUCAAAUCACUGUGGCGCCUCUAACUGAUGUAUUUUGUAAAUAUUUGUUUUAAACAAACAAACAAAAAAAACAUAUUUAUGACUUUUUUAAUGAUUUGGGUUUUUUUUUUUUUGUUUGUUUUUUAAGUUGCUGAAAAUGCCUCGGAUGUUUCAGCUGUUCUAAUUUAAGGAAGUGUGCAGGAGAAAAGCCAGGCAACAGUGUGAGGGUGUCAUAUUAGUCAAUAUUGGAAUAUGCUUUUUUUUUUUUUCUUCUUUUUUUUUUUUUUUAUGUUGCUCUGUGUGUGUGUGUGUGUGUGUGUGUGUGUGUGUGUGUGUGUAACAGGGUGUUGUUUCAUAUACAGACUGGUAUUCAUCCUGCACCAAAAUAUGCUAAAAAUGCUAUUCUGUGCUGCCUCUCUGAAGAAAUCUGUCAUGCCGUUUGUAAUCGUGACCAUUUAGAGUCAUUGUUCCUGAAUGCAGGGCAUGUAUAAAUCAAGACAAAAAAUAUAUAUAUAUAUAUUUCAUCAUCACAACACUUGUCAGCUAAGCCUUGGUGCCAAAGCAUGGUUUAGCUGUAGGAACCAUUUAAAAAAAAAAAAAAAAAAAAAGGUACUGUAGUUGUACAUAAAAUGCCUCAUGUAUGCAUGGGCUGUGCCGCUCCACCGCCACUUACUGUCCUGUUUAAAAAAGAAAAAAGUGUGUCCAUGCCACCACUUGUCUAGCAGUUGUUUAAAUUAUAACCUGAUCAACACGCAGGUGUGUAGAUAAAACUUUGUGGCUACCUUCCACGCUGCUGUGUCUGACCUCUGAUACCUUUGUGAAUCUAACCUCCGUCCAGCUCCUUUCGAGUAUAGUCUAGCAGAAGUGUUUGCACAAGUCGUGACAGUGAGAGUACAUUUAUAUUUCAGGGUGAGCUCUCGCUCUGUGGGAUUCAGAAAUUGUACAGUGGAUGCAACAAAGAAAUCUGGCUCACUUGGCUGUUUUUCUUUUCUUUUUCUUUUUUUUCCUUCUUUUUUUUUUUAACAUGUUUUAUGAACGAAUGUUUACAUUUUAGUGCAGAUGGGCGUGGACUUGAGUGGGUUUUGUUAAAUUAUUGUAAGUUUGGGGGGGAACGACUGGGAGAGGCAAACCUGAGGCCCCAGGUGGAUGAAUGAAUGAGUGAAAGGUGUUCUCCUUUUGUAUAUUUUGAUAUGGAAACAGUCUAGUUGCAGUACUAAUUACCUGUGCUGUUGUAUAUUGUAUAAACAAUGGUGGACCUUAUAACAGUUGUCAGUGAAAUGUAAGGGGAGAUGGACCUGCAUAAGAUGUCAGUUACGUGGCAUGGUUUUAAUCCCGUGUUGCGAUCAACUUUAAAGAACUGUGUGUAUUUCACAUCCCAGUAUAGCUCUGCGGUUUUGUUAAAGAAUUUGGGAACUUGGGAGGUUUUAUCGGAUAGGCCUUGAAUUCUUGAGUUAGUCUUUGAUUUCAGCUUUAAAUUUUCUUUUAUGGUGAGAUGUAAACCAGUGGUAUUUGGUUUUCCGUUAUGUUCUUUUAUUAGUUUUUACUUUACAAAAAUAUUUGAUUUUUUUUCUUUUCUUUUCUUUUAUUAUUAUUAUUUUACUUCAGGAACUUUAUGGAUUAGCAACUUAAAAAAAUAGAUGACAUGGUAACAGAAAAGGAAUUUGUUGAGUGUUCCUGUUUUUAUGAAGGCUCACGUUUAUGUUUUACAGUUAAGGGAGAUUAAAUAAGAGAUUUCUAAAUGAAAUUAAGCAUAUUGAACCUUGAAUAAAAGUUAUGGAUUGUGUGAAUGAAAAGUUGGACCUUUUUUCACUGUACUUUAGGGGGGAAAUGUGUAUGAUGUGGGUUUAAUGACUGAAUUUCUGAUGCAAUAUACAUUUUAAUAUGUUCUUAGCAUUGAAUCUUUUUAUUUUUCACCUCUGUCAAUUCAUUGUAGUAUCCCUUGACUUUUGUUGUAUCAGCUUGUUAAACCUUUAUAAAUCAGGACUUUGUUUUGUGGUGAUCUCAGCAGCAGUUCAUUUUGCAUCAGAUGAAGCAUCCACAGAGCGCCUCGUCUCUGAUUUGUGUGUUCGUGUGUGUGUGACACAUUCACUGUAACAGCUCCCACCCUCCGCAUUUUUCACACGUGUUUUUUUGUAUUAGAAUGUGCCCCACCAUCACCACUCAACCCUCUUGUCCCUGUGUGGCAAACUGACUUUUGUGAAAUGCCUACCAUGUGGGUAUCUGGUGCAGACUGGUGUGCCAUUGUCUGUUCUCUUGUCUCAACAGUGCUUGAAAUAAAUGAAUUACAGAGGACUGGAAAGUC